AUGAAAGCUCUUAUUUUAGUAGGUGGUUUUGGUACAAGAUUGAGACCCUUGACUUUUUCUUGCCCUAAGUCAAUUGUUGAAUUCGCCAAUCAACCUCUGGUUACCCAUUAAAUUAAGGCUUUGGUUGAUGUUGGUGUUACAGAUAUCAUAUUAGCCAUCGGAUUUUAGCCUAAAGCUAUGAUUGAAAAAAUAAAAUAAUUUGAAGAAGAAUACAAAGUCAGAAUUAUUUGCUCUCAAGAAGUUGAACCCUUAGGAACAGGUGGUCCUUUAAGAUUAGCCAAAGAACAUCUAGUUAAAGAUAACCCAGAAGGCUUAUUCUUCGUAUUAAAUAGUGAUGUCAUUUGUGAUUUCCCUUUCAAGGAGAUGCUCGCUUUCCAUAAAAAUCAUCAAAAGGAAGGCACCAUUCUCCUCACUAAAGUGCAAGAUCCCACUAAGUACGGAGUUGUAGUUUCUGACUCAAAUGGCAGAAUAGAGCGUUUCAUUGAAAAACCUAAAUAAUUUAUUUCUGACAGAAUUAAUGCUGGUAUCUAUCUCUUUAACACUUCUGUUAUUGAUAGAAUUCCUCUUGAACCUCAUAUGCUUGAGUUGAAUACUUUCCCUACCAUGGCUAAAGAAGCGUAGUUAUACUCCAUGGAUUUACCUGGGUUCUGGAUGGACGUAGGCCAACCUAAAGAUUUCGUUAUUGGUACUACCUUAAUUUUAGAAUCAAUUAGAACUAAAAAUCCUUCAGCUUUAAGCACCGGAUAAAAUAUUAUUGGAAAUGUUUUGAUUGACCCCACAGCUAAGAUUUCACCAACAGCCGUUAUAGGCCCUAAUGUAACUAUUGGACCUGACUGCAUUGUUGAAGAAGGUGCAAGACUUAAAAAUGUUGUUAUGCUCAAAAACUCUACUGUUGGAGCUCACUCUUGGGUAGAUAACACUAUUGUAGGCUGGGACUCUAAGAUUGGAAAAUGGGUAAGAAUCGAAGGUUUAACUGUUUUAGGUGAAGAUGUAAAAAUAAAGGAUGAAUUAUUCAUAAAUGGUUGCAGUGUACUUCCUCAUAAAGUAAUUUCUACAAGCAUUAACGAAAAGGGACAAAUUUUAAUGUGA